CCCGCGGCGCGCUGCUGGCGUCACGCCCCGGCGCCGCCCCCCGGAACCCGGAAGCGCGGCGGCGGGGGAGCGGCGGGAGCGGCGGCGAGCGCGGGCGGCCCGAACGGGGCGGCAGCUCCAGGAGGCGCCAGUCGGCAUGGUGAGGCGGGGCCGCCGGCAGCAUGAGUGCGGUGGCGGGCGGCCCCGGGCCCCGGGCCUACGAGCUGGUCAUCUACCCGCAGCUGGCCGCGGCCCCCGGCCCGGCACCCUGCCUGGUGCCCGCCACCCCGCACAGCACAGCGGCCGAGGUGGUGCUGGAGGCGGCCGCCCGCCUGGGGCUGCCCCCCGGGGCCGCCGGCCGCCUGGCGCUGGCCGAGGUGCGGGAGACGGGCGGCGAGGAGUGGCGGCUGGAGCCUGGCGACACCCCGGUGCAGCGGCUGCGGCUGUGGCCCCGCCGGGCGCAGGAGGCCCACCCACCCGAAGACGGCUACUUUUUCCUGCUGCGGGAGCGCGGGGCCCCGCCGGCCGGGGACGGUGACGGCGACUGCGACUGCGACGGCCGGGAUGCCGACUCAGACGCCGCCACCGCCCGGUCGCCCGCCGGGCCCGCCCGCAGCCUGGCGGAUCGUGGCCUGCUGCCCCGGUCCCCGGCCGACCUGGACGACCUGUGCGACCUGCCCGAGCUCACGGAGGCCGGGCUGCUGGCCGCCCUGCACCAGCGCUUCCUGCAGCGCAAGAUCUACACGUACGCGGGCAGCAUCCUGGUGGCGCUCAACCCCUUCCGCUUCCUGCCCAUCUACAACCCCAAGUACGUGGCGCGCUACGCCGGCCGGCGGCUGGGCCAGCUGGAGCCGCACGUGUUCGCGCUGGCCGACGUGGCCUUCCACGCCCUGCGCGCCACCCGCCGCAGCCAGUGCAUCGUCAUCUCGGGCGAGAGCGGCUCGGGCAAGACGCAGACCACCAACUUCCUCAUCCACUGCCUCACGGCGCUCAGCCAGAAGGGCCACGCCAGCGGCGUCGAGCGCACCAUCCUGGGCGCUGGGCCCGUGCUCGAGGCCUUCGGGAACGCCAAGACGGCGCACAACGACAAUUCCAGCCGCUUUGGGAAGUUCAUCCAGGUCAGCUACCUCGAGAGCGGCGUCGUGCGGGGGGCCGUGGUGGAGAAGUACCUGCUGGAGAAGUCCCGCCUGGUGUCCCGGGAGAAGGACGAGCGGAACUACCACGUUUUCUACUACCUGCUUCUGGGCGUCAGCGAGCAGGAGCGCCGAGAGUUCCGGCUCCAGCAGCCCGAGGACUAUUUCUACCUCAACCAGCAUAACUUGAAGAUCGAGGACGGGGAGGAACUCAAGCAUGACUUCGAGCGGCUCAAGCAGGCCAUGGAGAUGGUGGGCUUCCUGCCGCCCACCCGGAAGCAGAUCUUCUCGGUCCUGUCCGCCAUUCUCUACCUGGGCAACAUCGCCUAUAAGAAGCGGGCCAGCGGCCGGGAGGACGGCCUGGAGGUGGGGCCCCCCGAGGCUCUGGACGCGCUCUCCCAGCUCCUCCAGGUGCAGAGAGAGGUGCUGGUGGAGGUGCUGACCAAGAGGAAAACCGGGACGGCCAACGACAAGCUCAUCCUGCCGUACAGCCUCGGCGAGGCCAUCACCGCCCGGGACUCCAUGGCCAAGUCCCUGUACAGCGCCCUCUUUGACUGGAUCGUCCUGCGCAUCAACCACGCUCUGCUUAACAAGAAGGACGUGGAGGAGUCAGUGUCGUGCCUGUCCAUCGGCGUCCUCGACAUCUUCGGCUUCGAGGACUUUGAGCGGAACAGCUUCGAGCAGUUCUGCAUCAACUAUGCCAACGAGCGGCUGCAGCAUUACUUCACGCAGCACAUCUUCAAGCUGGAGCAGGAGGAGUACCGCAGCGAGGGCCUGUCCUGGCACCACAUCGAGUACUCGGACAACGCGGGCUGCAUCCACCUCUUCAGCCGGAAGCCCACCGGCCUCUUCUACCUGCUGGACGAGGAGAGCAACUUCCCGCACGCCACGAGCCAGACGCUGCUCGCCAAGUUCAAGCAGCAGCACGAGCACAACCGCUACUUCCUGGGCACCCCGGUGCGCGAGCCCGCCUUCAUCGUGCAGCACUUCGCGGGCAGGGUCAAGUACCAGGUCAAGGACUUCCGGGAGAAGAACAUGGAUCACAUGCGGCCGGACAUCGUGGCGCUGCUGCGGGGCAGUGACAGCGCCUACGUGCGCGGCCUGCUGGGCAUGGAGCCCGUGGCCGUGUUCCGCUGGGCCGUGCUCCGUGCCGCCGUGCGCGCCCUGGCCGUGCUCAGGGAGGCGGGCCGGCUGCGGGCAGAGCGGGCGCAGGCGGGCGCAGGUGGGUACAGGGUCCCGGCUCCUGGCCCCUGCAGCCCCGCCGGAGAGCCGCCGAGAGAGACGGGCACGCCGUCAGAGAAGCUGUACCGAGACAUGCAUGACCAAAUGAUUCAGAGCAUCAAGGGACUGCCCUGGCAGGCGGGGGACCCCCGCCAGCUGCUGCAGACCCUCGGCAGGCUCCGGAGACCCCGCACCCUGCUCCCGAAGAUUAAAGGUAUCAAACAAAAGCUGACCAUCCCCAAGAACCUGCUGGACUCGCGCUCCCUGAAGCUUCUCGGCGCCAUGACGCUGCAGGAACGCACCACCAAGUCGCUGCUGCACGUGCACAAGAAGAAGAAGCCCCCCAGCAUCGGCGCCCAGUUCCAGACCUCCCUUAACAAGCUGCUGGAGACGCUGGGCAGGGCCGAGCCCUUCUUCAUCCGCUGCAUCCGCUCCAAUGCCGAGAAGAAAGAGCUGAGCUUCGACGAGGAUCUGGUGCUGCAGCAGCUGCGCUACACGGGAAUGUUGGAGACGGUCCGCAUCCGGCGCUCGGGCUACAGCGCCAAGUACACCUUCCAGGAGUUCACGGAGCAGUUCCAGGCGCUCCUGCCCCGGGACACGCAGCCCUGCCGGGAGGCCAUCGCCACCCUCCUGGAGCGGAUGGGCGUGGACCCGGCCAGCUACCAGAUCGGGCGCACCAAGGUCUUCCUCAAGGAGUCUCAGCGCCAGGCGCUGCAGGAGACGCUGUACCGCGAGGUCGUGCGCAAGAUCGAGCUGCUACAGCGCUGCUUCCGGGCCCUGCUGGAGCGCCGCCGCUUCCUCAACGCGCGCAGGGCGGCCGUCACCAUCCAGGCCUGCUGGCGCUCCUACCGUGUGCGGCGGGCACUGGAGCGGACGCGGGCAGCCGUGUGCCUGCAGGCGGCCUGGCGCGGCUACCGGCAGCGGGUGGCCUACAUGCGCGGGCGGCAGGGCGUCGUGCGUCUGCAGAGCCUGUGCCGGGGGCACCUGCAGCGCCGGAGCUUCCGCCAGAUGCUGAGUGACCGGCGUCGCGCCCAGGAGCAGGAGGAGGCCGCGGCGACAGAGGAGCCCCAGGCCCCCACGGAGACCCGGGGGCCCCCACCCCCCGCGGCCUCGGCCGAGCCCUCCGAGAAGGCGGCCAGCAGCCGCGAGAAGCGGGAGUCUCGGCGACAGCGGGGACUGCAGCACAUGCAGUUCCAGAAGCGGCACCUUCAGGCUGGCAGGGAGGACGGACAGGCGAGCAGGAAGGAGGGCCGCUCGGACACGGAGGGUGGACUGGCGGACAGGGAGGAGGGCCAGGCCCACCGGGAGGAAGGCCACUUGGACAAGGAGGACAGACGGACAGACACAGAGGGUGGACUGGCGGACAGGGAGGAGGGCCAGGCCCACCGGGAGGAAGGCCACUUGGACAAGGAGGACAGACGGACAGACACAGAGGACAGACCGGCGGACAAGGAGGAGGGCCAGGCCCAAAGAGAGGAUGGACAGGCGUCCAGUGAGGAGGGCCAUGUGGACAGAGAGGACAGACGGGCAGAUAGGGAGGACAGCCCGGCCCCAGAAGCUUCUGGGAACAAAGCCGUCAACCAGAGCCCCACAGAGGACCGGGCCAUCUCCGUGGACCCAGACAGGAACACGAGGCCACCGACCACCGACACACCACCCCCCGGGACCCUGGACGCCGUGGCCCAGGCUCCCCCAGAGUCCCCGGGGCCGCCCCCUGAGCGCCCCACCAGCUUGGCCCUGCACAGCAUGGACGCUGGUCCCGAACCCCCCAAGGACGGUCCCAGGCCAGGCAGCCCGGGGGGCCCUGCCCAGAUCCAGCGGCACCGUGAUGGUGACCUGCAGCGCCUGGCCACGGCCGUGGAGAUGUGGAGGGGGAGGAAGCUACCAGCCACCGGCCCCAGCACCCUCAGCCAGUCCCUGGACCUCAGCCAGCGCUCCCAGCCCGCUCACACGCCCCCUGAGGGCCACCGUGUCUCCUUGUCCACCAGUGACGUCUCCAGGCUGCUUCCGUCCCCGCCACUGUCCCCGCCACGGGCCCACGGCCAGGCCCCAGCCGACACAGCAGACGGGGAGCCCGGCCCCAAGAAGCCUGCCGCGCAGAAGAAAAAGUCCGGAGAUGCCUCCUCCGUGGCGGACGCCGGGCUCUCGCCAGGACCCCAGCCCGAUGCCAAGUCUACCUUCAAGCGGCUCUUCCUGCAUAAGAGCAAGAAGCACAGCCUGGAGGGACCCGAGGAGCCCGAGCCUGUGGCCACCACCCCCCAGGAGGCCGCCUCCUCCAGGAAGACCCCGGAAGCCGCCACGGGUGCCCUGUCCCGCCCACCCGGCGAGAAGGCGGGGGGCAGAGGCCGUAAGCCACGCAACCUCAAGGUGGGCAAGAUCACGGUGUCGGAGAAGUGGCUCGAACCCCUGGCCCGCAGGAUCAGCAACGCCAACGAGCUCAAGUUCCUGGACGAAUUUCUGCUCAACAAGAUGAAUGACCUGCGCUCCCGGAAGACGCCCAUCGAGAGCCUGUUCAUCGAGGCCACAGAGAAGUUCCGGAGCCACCUCAAGACCAUGUACUCUGUGCCGAACGGGAAGGUGCACGUGGGCUACAAGGACCUGCUGGAGAACUACCGGAUGGUGCUGGGCAGCCUGGCGGCCGAGCGCGGGCAGCGGGACCCCAGCCUGGAGCUCAACCUCUUCCAGUCGCUGCUGCACGAGUUCACACGCAACCACGCCAGGGGGGACUUCGAGCCGCCCAAGGGCAAGACGCAGAAGAAGAAGCGGAAGCAGGAGCGUGGGGUCCAGCAGCACAACGGUCACGUGUUCAGCAGCUACCAGGUCAGCAUCCCGCAGUCGUGCGAGCAGUGUCUGUCCUACAUCUGGCUGAUGGACAAGGCUUUGCUGUGCAGCGUGUGUAAGAUGACCUGUCACAAGAAGUGUCUGACGAAGAUUCAGACCUCCUGCUGCUACAUCUCGGGGAGGAAGAGCGAGCCAGGGGCCGAGCCCGGCCACUUCGGCGUGUGCGUGGACAGCCUGACCAGCGACAAGGCCUCGGUGCCGCUGGUGCUGGAGCGGCUGCUGGAGCACGUGGAGAUGCACGGGCUGUACACCGAGGGCCUCUACCGCAAGUCGGGCGCCGCCAACCGCACGCGGGAGCUGCGCCAGGCGCUGCAGGCGGACCCCGCGGCCGUCAAGCUGGAGAGCUUCCCCAUCCACGCCGUGACCGGGGUGCUGAAGCAGUGGCUGCGGGAGCUGCCCGAGCCCCUCAUGACCUUUGCGCAGUACGGGGAUUUCCUGCACGCCGUGGAGCUGCCAGAGCAGCAGGAGCAGCUGGCCGCCAUCUACUCGGUGCUGGAGCACCUGCCCGAGGCCCACCACAGCUCCCUGGAGCGCCUCAUCUUCCACCUCGUCAAGGUGGCCCUCCUGGAGGAGGUGAACCGCAUGUCCCCCGGCGCCCUGGCUAUCAUCUUCGCCCCCUGCCUGCUGCGCUGCCCGGACCGCUCGGACCCGCUGAGCAGCAUGAAGGACGUGCUCAAGAGCACCGCGUGCGUGGAGAUGCUGAUCAAGGAGCAGCUGCGGAAGUACCAGGUGAAGAUGGAGGACAUCAGCCAGCUGGAGGCGGCCGAGACCAUGGCGGUGCGCAGGCUCUCGCUGCUGCGCCAGCACUCGCCGUGGCCUCUCAAACUGGGGUUCUCGUCCAGCUAUGAGGGGGUGCUGACCAAGAGCCCCAAGGCCCGGGCAGGGGGCGGCGGGGCCCCCGAGGACCUGCACACGCUGCCCGAGGAGGAGGGCGCGGGCGGUGAGGAGGAGCGCGAGAAGGAGCUGCUCCUGGAGCGCAUCCAGUCCAUCAAGGAGGAGAAGCAAGACAUCACCUACCGGCUGCCUGAGCUGGACCCCCGGGGCUCGGACGAGGAGAACCUGGACUCGGAGACGUCGGCCAGCACGGAGAGCCUGCUGGAGGAGCGGGCGGGCCGGGCGGCGGAAGGUCAGUACUGAGGCAGCGACUCGACUCGGGGGGCCCAGGGCAGGGCGGCAGCUGCAGUGACCGCCCGUGUCUCCCAAGGGCCCCCCGUGCCCACCCCCAGCCCCCGCCUGGCCGCCGGGCCCCCGCGCUGCCGGCCGGCCUCCUUCCUCACCGUCCGCGUGAAGACGCCCCGCCGGACGCCCGUCAUGCCCACGGCCAACAUCAAGCUCCCGCCCGGCCUGCCCUCCCACCUGCCGGGCCAUGGGGCGACGGGGGAAGCCCCCGUGAGGCGCCGGGAGCCCCCCGCCCGCAGGACCGACCAGAUCCACUCGGUGUACGUCGCACCGGGCGCCCACCCGCCUGCUCUCUGCGUCGCCCGGGUCCCCGAGCAGGACAGCCCUCCGCCCGGGGCGCGGCGGCGGUACUCGGACCCCCCCUCCUACUGUCUGCCCCCCCGGCCCGGCCCGGCCCACAGCUGAAGCACUUGGACCCCGGACCGGCCUGUGCAGGUGUCUGCAUGAGCACCCGGGCUGGCUCCCCCCCGGCGCACAUCUGGGGUCCCAGCUCCCCACCCGCUCCCCACUCUUUUGUACGUUUAUUUUUUAUUUCGACGCGGUAUGACUUGUGGCUGGUUUACAUAACGCGGAGACCCCGCUCUCCCUUUUGAUACUCGCCCCUGCGCCCCAACGGACUACCCAGGUCUCAGCCCUGCGCCCCGAAGAGGGGUCCGGGGAACCCCUGCACCUACCUGGCCGGACCCUCUGCUGAGCCAGCAGGAGACCCUCCGACGGAACAGCGGGUCGGCCUCUGGAGACCCAGGAGCACAGACUCUGACUCGGGGCGUCCCCCAAGGUGCCUGGAUAUGGGGGCGCCCCCGCCCCGCCCAGAGGCAGGACCCCCGGGCUGAAGAAGCAGGCGGGGUCCCUGCAGGAGGAGAUGGGGACUGACGCCCCAGGGUGGGCUGUGCCUCUAGGGUGGGGGCCCCCCCGCAAGCCGUGGGGAAUAAACAAGUGCCUGAGAA